UGUCUGCGCCACCCAACAGUCCUCCCUUUUGUUUUCUUUAAGAGGGGGUUGAGGGGCGUCGUGAUUCGUCUGGCUACUUCCUGCUGAGUGGGGACGUUGUAAGAGGGAAAGAGAGUUUUAGGGAGGGCUGUUAGGGAGGUUUGACACGGGGUAUGAUGGGUAUAAUAGGAGAACACCUCUUGGGCGGUGUAGUCUGUGAAGGUCCCUUGAAGAUACAGAUCUUCUAAUGCUGUAAGCCAUCCGAGCGGUAACGAUGGAUCAGCGAAGAGCCAGCUGUCAGUGCAGAGAUCAUUGAGGAACUGCUGGAAUCAGUGUGGUGUUGUCAUUUCGAAGACUGAAGUUUGACUGAAGGGCCGUUAGUAGGCUGUGAGACCGUCUAUGGAGCCUGCUUCGUCUUCACUGGUGACACAAUCAUCUACUAUUCAUGAUGUUAAGCAAAAGUUUCACAAAACAUGUCCAAAGUGGUACCCUUCUCGAGUUGGUCUGCAGCUGGAAUGCGGCGGGCCUUUUUUGAAGGACUAUGUUACCAUUCAAAGUAUUGCAGCUUCCUCCAUUGUCACACUGUAUGCUACAGACCUAGGUCAACAAGUCAGUUGGACCACAGUAUUUUUGGCUGAAUACACAGGACCUCUGCUAAUAUACCUCCUCUUUUAUUUGAGGAUCCCGUGUAUAUAUGAUGGAAAACAGAGUGCUAGAAGAUUACGCCACCCGGUGGUACACUUGGCUUGCUUCUGUCAUUGUAUACACUACAUCCGAUACCUUUUGGAAACCUUAUUUGUUCACAAAGUUUCUGCAGGACACACACCUUUGAAAAAUUUGAUAAUGAGUUGUGCCUUUUACUGGGGAUUUACUUCUUGGAUUGCCUACUACAUUAAUCAUCCACUAUAUACACCACCAUCAUUUGGAAACAGGCAAAUCACAGUAUCUGCUAUCAAUUUUCUGGCAGAGGUGUAUCACACUGAAAAUGUUGAAAAUGUUUUGCAGAUUUGUGAAGCUGGGAAUCAUUUCAUCAAUGUAAUGUUGUCUCAUCCCAGUCACACAGGAAGCAAUGCCUGUUUCCCAAGUCCAAAUUAUAACCCCUUCACAUGGAUGUUUUUCCUGGUUUCAUGUCCUAACUACACCUAUGAGAUUGGAUCAUGGAUUAGUUUCACAGUCAUGACCCAAACACUGCCAGUUGGAAUUUUUACACUUCUGAUGAGUAUCCAGAUGUCUUUGUGGGCACAAAAGAAACAUAAGAUUUAUCUGAGAAAAUUCAAUCCAUGUAUUCAUAGAAAAUCAGCAAUGAUUCCAUUCAUAUUGUAAAAAAAAAUCUUAUCUCCUAUAGAAAACGGCAAUAUAUAAAUUCAAUAAAUAAGACUUAGUUAAGGACAGUUAACUGUUAUACUCCAACAAUUCAUGAGCAACAGUAUAUACGCUGAGUAAAAAUAUAAAAUAGUAAAAUUUCACUAAAUUUAGAGUAAUGCACAUGGUAAUAAAAAGUAUAAAUUAUAAAUGCAAUUAACUAAGAACAGCUCUGAAUGUAUUUGCAUGGGAUUGGUCCUUGAAUAAAAUUGUCUUACUUCAUUAAUACUUUACAAUACUAUUUGCAUAAGACAAAAUAUCACAGGAAAAAAAAUCUGAUUAAAAAAUGAAAAAGUGAUCUGAACAGACAUUUCCCAAAAGACGACAUAUACAUGGCCAAUAAGUAUAUUUUUAAAAUGCUCAGCAUUAACUAUUCAUAACGGAAAUGCAAAUCAAAACCACAAUAAGAUAUCUUCUCAUCCUAAUUAGGGUGACUGUUUUCAAAAAGACAAAAAAUAUGACAGCCGUGGUGGCUCAUGUCUGUAAUCCUAACACUUUGACAGGCCAAGGCAGGAGAAAUGCUUGAGUCCAGAAGUUUGAGAUCGGGGCAACAUAUCGAGACUCUGUCUCUAAAAAGCAUAUCAAGAUUCUGUCGCUACAAAAAAUUUUGAAAAGUAAAAAUUAGCUAGGCAUGGUGGCACAUGCCAGUAGGUAGUCCCAGUUACUCGAGAUUGCUCCAGCUUAGGAGUUCAAGGCUACAGAGAGCCAUGAUUAAAUCAAAGCACUCCAGCCUGGGUGACAGAGUAAGACUGCCUCAAAAUAAAAUAUAAAAUAAAAUAAUAAAAUAAAAUAAAAAUAAAAUAAAAUAUAAAAAACAUAUUGGUGAAGAUGCAGAAAAAAACUCUUAGACACUGCUGGUGGGAAUGUAAACUAGAGCAGCCACUGUGGAGAACAAUAUAGAGUUUCUUCAAAAAUUACAAAUAGAACUGUCAUAUGAUCCAGCAAUACCAUUACUGGAAAAAGGAAAUAUGUAUAUUAAAGAGACAUUUGUACCCUAUGUUUACUGCAGCACUAUUCACAAUAGCUAAGAUAUAGAAGCAACCUAGGUGUCCAACAACAGAUGAAUGGAUAAAGAAAAUGUGGUAUAUAUACACAAUAGAAUACUAUGCAGCCAUAAAAAGAGAAUUCCUAUCAUUCAGGACAACAUGGAUGGAAUUGGAGGGCAUAUGUUAAGUGAAACAAGCCAGGAACAGAAAGUUAAACAUUGCAUGUUAUUACUUAUACAUGGAAGCUAAAAAAAUUGAUAUCAUAGAAGUAAAAAAUAAAACGGAGGAUACUACAGGCUGGGAAAGCUGCAGCAAAGGGAGACUAGAGAGAGAUUUGUUAAAGGAUACGAAGUUACAGCUUGGUAGGAGGAAUAAUUUCUGGUGUUCUAUACCACUGUAGGAUGACUAUAGUCAAGAACAUUAUACUCUAUUUAGUUUCAAAUAGCUAAAAGGAGGUUUUGUCUCCAACACAAAGAAAUGAUAAAUAUUUGAAACCAUGGAUACUCUAAUUUCUCUGAUCUGAUCUCUAUAAAUUAUAUGUAUUGAAACAUUAUUAUGUAUCUCCCAAAUAUGUUCAAUUCUUAUGUCGCUUAAAAAAUAAAAAUUAAUUUAAAAAGCAUCUGAUUUUUAAAGUAAAUAUUUUUAAAAGUUUUGACAUUUAAAUUACUUGAA